AUGUCCUUCUCAACCAAGAGCAACACCGUGGGCACCUUGGCAAGAUGGGACCCGCGAACAGGACAAACUAGUCACCCAAGAAGCAUCGACAGCAACGAAGAAGUCUACGUUGGUCGUGAUAGCAAGCGAUGUCAAUAUGUCAUCGACGACCCCUUCAUAUCGAACAAGCACCUACGCAUAUACACCAUCCUCUUCGAUCGCGAGAACCCAGGCGAAGUGGCUCCUUUGGUCUACGUCCAGGAUCUCUCGAUGAAUGGCACAAUGUGGAAUGAUUAUCGGAUGGGUGAAGGGAGUGGCAGUUUUCUGUUGAGCCAUGGGGAUAAGUUGAAGUUGACACCGGAUACCCACAUUAUAUUCCUAUGCGGGGAGUAUAGGGAGGAUCAGGGGUUUGAUAUGUUGCAGAAAGUUGAGAUGAAGGUCUUCCAGGAACAAUAUGUUAUCACACCGCGAAAACUAGGUUCCGGAGCCUAUGGACGAGUUCAUAUGGCAUACAACAAGGAUAAUGGCCAGCAGCUUGCAUGCAAAGUCGUCGACCUCCGGGCCAUGAGGGAUAGGGCUACAAAGGAAAUUGAAGAACAAAAGUCGAAGCUCUUCAGGGACAAGUGGCAGGCGUCCAUGGCCAAGAACAAUAACGAUAAGUGUGCCGAUGUUAUUGCCGUUCGUGGACUGGAGAACUACCUUUCGAAGAAGGUCCAGGAGAAGCUGGAUAUCUAUCAUCGUGAGGCUAGGAUUUUGGAGAACUUGAGCCAUCCCAACAUCAUCAGCGUAGAGAAGGUGAUAAAGUCCAGUAAUACCAUUUAUCUCUUCCAAGACCUCAUCACAGCAGGCGACUUGUUUUCCUUCAUCCAGUACAAAGGUGGGAAGUUAGGUGAUAUCGAGUCUGCCGUGGUGGUCCGACAAGUUCUCAUGGCACUGGACUACCUCCAUGACCGCGAUAUCGUGCAUCGUGAUCUCAAACCUGAUAAUAUCCUAAUGACAUCCCUCGCGGAUGGGGGUCGUGUGAUUCUGACGGAUUUUGGAUGCGCCAGACUUGUGAAGCCUAUGGUUGAACGGAUGUCGACGAUGAUUGGCACGUUUGAAUACAGUGCUCCGGAGGUCCUCCAAUCCAACCAGAAAGGCUACACGAAAGCCGUAGAUCUCUGGUCCUUGGGUUGCGUCACGGCUAUACUCCUCACAGGCGACUCUCCCUUCCGAGACCCAGGAAACUUGGACCAUGCACAACCGCCCCAAGACGGCGACUUCGAGAGACUCGAACAAGAUAUGGAGUGGCACCAUGUCGGAACGCGUGCGAGAGACUUUGUCCGACAACUUCUGGUGCUCGAUGACAUGAAGCGGAUGGCUGUAAAGCACGCGCUACGCCAUUCGUGGUUUACGAACAGAGCGCAUAAGCGUGAAUUCGAAGCCCUGUACAGGCGAUCAAUCAGGGACUGGAAGCCUCGAGCACAUCAAGGGCCAUUGAUGGUCGAUUUGUGCAGUCUCAUUGAGAUUCGCAAGAUUCGCGAGUUGCACCAGGCUAAUGCGGUUGAUGCAUGUAUGGAGAGGAGAGGCCAAUUGUCUCAUCCAUUAACCUCAUUCUCUGAGAAUUCCUCACAAGAUACCUUGUCCUCCGGAAGCACGACUGAUCGUGAACGCCCGGUUUCUCCUACCCUAUCAGACCCUGAUCUUCCAACGCACAACAGGGCUAGAGAUGAAAGUUUUGAAUUAGGCGAUUCGUAUUAUUAUCAGAAGCAAAAGCCAGACAUGGAAUUCAGUGCGCCAAGUGUCAUACCCACAGUCUCAACCACGGGUAAGAACAGAAGAGAAUUCCCGUUGCCCUUUACAGGCGAUACCUACGCGAUGCCCAUCAAGAAGCGGGUUCGAGACCCGUGGGAGGUGCCCGAAGACGAAGUAUAUGAAGAAGUCAGCAAUGCGAUGACUGGGAAGCGUCAGCAAGUUGCUUAUGGAUCCAGUGUCUUUCCGAAAGCUGCGCAAUGGACUUAA